AUGGCCACCGUUUUUAGCACAGAUGCUGUUUCUAAGCUAGUCCAGCUAGGACCUCCCCAGACAGCGGCCGAUGUCGUCGCUCUGGCUGCUGUCGGCGUGACCUCUGUGGCUUAUAUGCUGAAUGGUGUUGCCUGGAACAAACCCAAUCCCUAUCACCACAUCUGGUACCAACGAAUGGAACCCAGAGGCGGCGCUGGCGCUGGCGGCAAGGCAACUCGCAAUAUUGCCCAGAAGCUCGAGGAGUCUGGCAAAGAUGUUGCCAUCUUCUGGGGAUCCCAAUCCGGAACCAGCGAGACUCUUGCGAGCCGGCUGGCCAAAGAGUGUCACCUCCGGUUUGGCCUGCAGACAUUGUGUGCAGAUCUGUGCGACUAUAACCCAGAAACCAUUGCACUCAUCCCUCAGACCAAGCUUGCUAUUUUUAUCAUCUCCACUUACGGUGAGGGCGACCCCAGCGACAACACGGCGGAGCUCUGGGAAUGGCUUCACAAGCGUCCCUUUGAUCUCAAACUACCCCACCUGCGCUACAUGGCCUUUGGUCUAGGGAACACCAGUUACAGAUACUAUAAUCGAGUGAUCGAUGUUGUUACUGAUGCCCUUGACAAAGCGGGUGCUCAGCGAUUGAUGCCCGUUGGCAAGGCCAAUGAUGCCAACGGUGGCACUGAAGAAGAUUUCCUCGCUUGGAAGGACGACCUCUACGAAGUCUUCCUGGGGCAGCUCGGUUUCAAGGAGCAAGACAUUCCCUACACUCCCGGUAUCAAGAUUGUCGAAGACGAGUCCCUCACGCUCAUCGACCUUAACCUCGGUGAGCCGGUUGAGCAUCGCAAUGGUCCUGCCAGGGUUGUCAAGGCGUACUCGCCCAUCCGACCUUUGACUGUGCAGAGCUCUAAAGAGCUCUAUGUUUCUCCCAACAGGAACUGUAUUCACAUGGAGCUCGACAUCAGCAACCACCCCGAGCUCCGCUACGGAACCGGUGAUCAUUUGGCCGUCUACCCUAUCAAUCCAGACCACGAGGUGCAGCUCCUCCUAACGGCCAUGGGGCUUGAGGACCGAGCCGACAAGCCCCUUCUCCUCCAGCCCUUGGAGGAGGGGGAAGCUGUCAAGAUACCAAGCCCUACUAACCUUUCGGCUCUCUUCCGUCACUACCUCGAAGUCAGUGCUCCAGUCUCUCGAGAAAUUGUCGGGCAAUUGGCUCGUUUCGCCCCCCACCAAAAGGCUGCGGGUUUGCUCUCGUCGCUAGGCAAAGAUAAGAACGGAUAUGCUGCAUUCAUGGCGAAGAACCAUAUUACUUUCGGCCGUCUGCUUUCACUGGUAGCGCCUGGAGCUGUUUGGAAAGACCUACCAUUAUCCUACGUUGUUGAGACUCUUCCACAGCUCCAGCCACGGUACUACUCCAUUUCUUCCUCUAGCGUUGUGUCGGCUCGCAGAAUUGCCAUCACCGUUGGUGUUGACAAUACCCCUCUCGCAGCCGACCCAUCCACCGAAGUCCGUGGUGUGACGACCAACUACCUCUACUCCCUAUCCAACUCCCUUAACGGCAUCACCACCCAGUCAGCUAAGCUGCCCACAUACACUCUAUCAGGUCCUGGGGGCUCUUUGGAGGGCCACAAGGUGUAUGCCUGCAUCCGUCGAUCUCAGUUCAAACUUCCUACCCUUGGGGCCACACCCCUGAUUAUGGUUGGCGCUGGUACCGGCAUGGCCCCCUUCCGCGGCUUUAUCUUCGAGCGAGCCCGUCUCAAGGCCAUCGGAAAGCCCGUCGGUCGCAUGAUUCUGUUCUUUGGGUGCCGAAGCCCUGACGAGGACUACCUCUACAGCAAGGAGCUGGCUGAGGCGUCAGCUGCUCUGGGCGGCCUUCUCGAGAUCGUUCCGGCCUUUUCGAGGGCAGAUGGUGCGCCCAAGGCCUAUGUACAGGACCGGGUUGGGGAAAUGCAAAAAGAUGUCUGCGAGCUGCUUGAAAAGGGUGCCAGCGUUUACAUUUGCGGACGCGCUUCCAUGGCCAGAGAGGUUGGCAACGUCGUGGAGGAAUCUAUGAAGAAACAAAAUGAAUGGAGCGAUGACGAGGCUCGCAGCUGGGCCGAAUCGGCUAAGAAGGGAAAUAAAUGGUUGGAGGAUGUCUGGGGUUAA